AUGACCCUGCAUGACCCCAACUUCAUGGGAAGGGAUGAGCCUUGGGACAACAGCUCCUUGGACCUGGAGAGGAGAUAUCGGCUUGGGAGUGAGGUCACCAGCCUGUCGUUGUCCCGCUCCAGCUCCUCGGAGAAGACCGACCCCCUGGACAACCUCAAUCUGAAUUUUAAACUUAACAGUAGCGUAAAGUGCUGCUUCAAGGUCUCCAAAAUUGCCAGUAUCUUUACGAUCGUUGUUCUCUGCACUUUGUUCUUCAGCAUGUAUCCAGAUCGAGACAACCCCUGGAGGAUGCUAGCAGUCUCAUCAACAGAGAGUUUCUCAAUGAACCUGACAGAUUUCCGUGACAAUGCUUUGUUAAAGCUGCAAGUGGGAGGGCCUUUCACAGGAGGGAUGGUUGACCUCACCACUCAGGAGUACAUCCUGAUCCAGGUCGAGCAGACUGAGGAGGCCGGGCGCAGAAGGAGAGCUCAACAGGUGAUUCAUAACUGGACCAUUCCUCUACAUAGUGAACGAAGUGACCAGAUACUACUAACAAACACAUUUGAAAUGCUCAGCAGCGGCCCCAUCGUCAUCACAGUUCAGGCUUUCCUGCAGGAUAAUGAGGUUGUGCCGCUGUCCAUGACCCACCAGUCUCUCUAUGUCAGUGUGGAGACCCAGGUGGCCAUAGCUGGAGUCAUCCUGGCUGGUGUCUAUGUCCUCAUCAUCUUUGAGAUUGUGCACCGUACUCUAGCUGCCAUGCUGGGAUCUUUGGCGGCCUUAGCUGCUCUGGCUAUAAUUGGUGAUCGACCCAGUCUGGUGACGGUAGUGGAGUGGAUUGACUAUGAGACUCUGGCCCUUCUGUUUGGCAUGAUGGUACUUGUAGCCAUAUUUUCAGAGACUGGCUUCUUCGACUACUGCGCUGUCAAGGCUUACCGCUUAUCCAAAGGAAGAGUGUGGCCCAUGAUCAUCAUCCUCUGUCUUAUUGCGGCCAUUCUCUCUGCCUUUCUGGACAAUGUGACCACAAUGAUGCUGUUCACCCCGGUCACCAUAAGGUUAUGUGAGGUGCUUAAUCUAGACCCCAGACAUGUCCUGAUUGCAGAAGUAAUCUUCACCAACAUUGGAGGGGCUGCCACAGCUGUCGGAGAUCCACCCAACGUGAUUAUAGUAUCAAAUCAGGACCUGCGCAAGGAAGGCAUCGAUUUUGCUGGAUUCACUGGCUACAUGUUUCUUGGAAUAUGCCUUGUCCUCUUGACCUCAUUUCCUUUCCUGCGGAUGCUCUACUGGAACAAAAAACUGUACAACAAAGAGUCCAUUGAAAUUGUAGAGCUCAAACAUGAGAUCCUGGUCUGGAGGCAGACGGCCCAGCGCAUUAACCCUGCCAGCCGAGAGGAGACAGCUGUGAAAUGCCUCCUGAUGCAAAAAGUCCUCAACCUAGAGAGUCUGCUCCGCAAGAUGAUGAAAACCUUCCAAAGGCAAAUUUCUCAAGAAGAUAAGAACUGGGAGCAAAACAUUCAGGAGCUGCAAAAAAAGCACAGAAUAACUGACAAAGUCCUCCUGGUAAAGUGUACGUCGGUCCUUGCUGUGGUGAUCUUCAUGUUCUUUCUCAACUCCUUUGUUCCCAGCAUUCAUCUCGAUCUCGGUUGGAUUGCCAUCCUGGGAGCGCUGUGGCUACUGGUUCUGGCUGACGUCCAGGACUUUGAGAUCAUCUUGCACCGAGUGGAAUGGGCCACAUUGCUGUUCUUUGCUGGCCUCUUUGUUUUGAUGGAGGCUUUGGCCCAGCUGCAGCUCAUUGACUACAUUGGAGAACAGACAGCAGUGCUCAUAAAAGCAGUGCCGGAAGACCAGCGCCUGGCCAUAGCGAUUAUCCUGGUUAUGUGGGUCUCUGCUCUGGCUUCUUCCCUGAUUGAUAACAUUCCCUUCACUGCCACCAUGAUUCCAGUCCUCAUCAACCUGAGUCAGGAUGCAGACGUUAACCUGCCAGUAAAGCCUCUCAUCUUUGCUCUGGCCAUGGGAGCAUGUCUUGGGGGUAAUGGCACAUUGAUCGGUGCGUCAGCCAAUGUUGUAUGUGCAGGAAUCGCUGAACAGCACGGCUACGGAUUCUCCUUCAUGGAGUUCUUUAGGUUAGGGUUCCCCAUGAUGAUAAUGACCUGCAUGAUAGGAAUGUGCUACCUGCUGGCCACCCACAUCGGACUAGGUUGGAACAUGUAAUCUACACCUGCUGUGCAGAGCCAAAGAGACUGUUAAUAAGUGUGUGUCUGGGUUUCUGUGUGUAUGGGUGUGCGUGUGCGUGUGUGUGUGCGUG